AUGUCUCGUUUGUUUUUUGUUCCACACGUGUCUUUCGGCGCGUGAUUUGCUGUGCCGGGUGGGUUUGCUGUCUCCAAGACCAGUGCUCCCUACUUCCCGUGGCAAAUGACAACCCAUUGAGACAUUCCAGCUGCCGAGCAACUGCGGAUGGUGCGGUCAUAUCAAGGAUACAACACCUGCUGUAACUCCUGUGCCUAUGAGACAGAUAAACGUGAUCUGAAGGACACACCACGUUCUAUACAGGCCAGCGUCCAUUUGAAUGCCAUUUGUGUCCUUGGAUCUUCUGGCGAACAUUGAAGCUGAAGAAGCACCUACAACUUACAUAGGCAAGAGGCCAGUUGAGUGCCCUUUAUGCCCUCAGAGCUUCUGACGAAAGGUUAAUCUGAAGCAACACUUGCACAUAUACACAGGCGAGAUGCCAUUUGAUUGUCCGUUAUGCCCUCAGAGCUUCUCACGAAAGAGUUCUCUAAACCGACACCUGGACACCCACACAGGCCAGAGGCCAUUUCAGUGCCCUUCAUGCCCUCAGAGCUUCUCAGUGAAGUCUACCCUGAAGAAUCAUGUGCGCAUCCACAAAGGCGAAAGGCCAUUUCAAUGCCCUGCAUGUCCUCAGAGUUUCUCAAAUAGGUCCACACUGAAAAAUCAUGUGCGCACCCACACAGGUGAGAGGCCAUUUCAGUGUCCUUCGUGCCCUCAGAGGUUCUCGCACAAGUUUGUACUUAAGAAUCACGUGCGCAUCCACACAGGUGAGAGGCCAUUUCAAUGCCCUUCGUGCCCUCAUAGCUUCUCACAAAAGAGUCAUCUGGACAAACACCUGCGCACCCACACAGGCGAGAGGCCAUUUCGCUGUGCUUUGUGCCCUCAGGGUUUCUCACACAAAUAUGCAUUGAAGAAUCAUGUGCGCACCCACACAGGCCAGAGGCCAUUUCAGUGCCCUUCAUGCCCUCAGAGCUUCUCAGUGAAGUCUACCCUGAAGAAUCAUGUGCGCAUCCACAAAGGCGAGAGGCCAUUUCAAUGCCCUGCAUGUCCUCAGAGCUUCUUGGACAAGUCCACACUAAGAAGGCAUGUGCACAUCCACACAGGCGAGAAGCCAUUUCAUUGCCCUCAAUGUCCUCAGAGCUUCUCACGCAUGUCUAUACUGAAGGAUCACCUGCGCACCCACACAGGUGAGAGGCCAUUUCAGUGUCCUUCGUGCCCUCAGAGGUUCUCGCACAAGUUUGUACUUAAGAAUCACGUGCGCAUCCACACAGGUGAGAGGCCAUUUCAAUGCCCUUCGUGCCCUCAUAGCUUCUCACAAAAGAGUCAUCUGGACAAACACCUGCGCACCCACACAGGCGAGAGGCCAUUUCGCUGUGCUUUGUGCCCUCAGGGUUUCUCACACAAAUAUGCAUUGAAGAAUCAUGUGCGCACCCACACAGGUGAGAGGCCAUUUCAAUGCCCUUCAUGCCCUCAGAGCUUCUCACGUAAGUCUAUACUGAAGAAUCACCUGCGCACCCACACAGGCGAGAGGCCAUUCAGUGCCCUGCAUGCCCUCAUAGCUGCUCACGAAAAAGUAAUCUGCACCAACACCUGCGUACCCACACAGGGAAGCACGGUCACGAAGCAUGACGAUAAUUUAGAAACGGUUCUCCAGUGCAUCUCCAAUGCCGGGCUGAAGUUGUUUGACAAGUGUGAAGAUGACAAGUGUGUGUUUGGCGUCGACCAGUUGACUUUUCUAGGGCUUGUACUUCCAGUGGUGGUAACAACAGAUGCUUCUGACACAGGCCUGGGUGCUGUCUUACAGCAGCCAGCUGGAGAAGAGCUGCAGACGAUCGCUUUUGCAUCCAGGCCACUUACCGCUGCAGAAAAGAAGUACUCUGCCGGGGAGAAAGAGGCACUGGCUUGCUUGUUUACCUGGGAACACUGGUGGACGUACCUUCAGCCCAGUGACACUCCAGCCCACUCCAGGAUGCAGUGUGUCAGAAUCCACCCGCAGAAGCCGCCAGCCAAAGGGUAUGUGAUGCGUUCUUACCGCCACCAGCUCCUGAUCUCGAGGAUGCCCUUGGUGAAGGCCACCCUAGGGAUGUUGCUACUGGGCAAGAACCAUCGUCAAGAGUCCGAAGAAGGCCAGAACGUUUCCAAGACUGUGACAUGUGACUGUGUUGUGUUCAAAGUGUAG